AUGCGUGACACACGAGGACACAAGGUAGCAUAAAAUGAAGGAGGAGUAGGGCAGGCCAUGUAAAUGCGUAUAGCAGGUAACCUAUGGCCUGUUAGAGCAACAGAGAAUGGUUGCCGAGCGGGAGGAAAGCGCAAUAGAGUACGGCAGAUGGUUAGAUCGCGCGACGAGAUGGGGAAAUUUGCAGGCACGACAUGUAGUCCAUUGAUACCAGACAUGUGUAACUGGAGAUCGCAGGGAGAGGCCUUUGUCCUGAAGUGGACAUUAAAUAGUCCGGCGUGACAAACGCAGCGAAGAUCAUGGCCAGCUGUCCCGUAGCCGACAAGCACCUCUUGGAUGAGAUCAAGGCCCUGGGUUGCCGGACGACGCACGAGAACCUCGACGUGGUGGACCAGUGCGACACCAUCCUGGUGGCGCUCAAGCCGAACGUGGUGCCCGCCGUGCUCGAGCAAGUGGCGCCCGCCGUGCAGCAGCGACACCUGGUCGUCUCCCUGGCGAUGGGAGUCACGCUUGACGAUAUACAGCAGAGGCUUCCGGCGGGGACGCGCGUGGUGCGCGUGAUGCCCAACACGCCGUGCCUGGUGCGCCACGGGGCCAGCGUGUUCGCGCGUGGUGGCGCGGCCACCGCGGACGACGCGGGCGUCGUGUCCCGGCUGCUGGCCAGCGUGGGCCACUGCGAGGAGGUGCCCGAGUCGCUCAUGGACGUCGCCACUGGACUCAGCGGCAGCGGACCGGCAUACGUCUUCGUCACUAUUGAAGCCCUCGCCGAUGGUGCUGUGAGACAAGGGAUGCCGAGAGAUAUGUCCUACAGGCUAGCUGCCAACACUGUCUUGGGCGCGGCUAAGAUGGUGCUGUUGACAGGGCGGCAUCCAGGCUCUCUAAAAGACGACGUGAGUUCACCGGCCGGGACAACUUGCGAAGGUCUGUGGGCGCUCGAGAAGGCUGGCUUCCGAGCAACGCUCAUAGAGGCCGUCGCUGCGGCUACCGCAAGGGCCGCCAGAGGUCGCCACUGAACGACCGAUGCACACGGCUCUCACUGGUGCCAGAGAGUACAUUCGCCACGCUCGUGAAUGUGGAAUAGGCGCAGCGACGAAUAUGAUGCAAGCGCCAACUUUAUCCAGCUCUGUAGCGUGUAUCACCAGGCGCGAGUAUUAGAGUGCGUGGUCUUUUGGAUCCUGGUCGUUUAUGGCCGCAUAGCAGAUUUGUGCGAGACGAAGCUCAGUGCCUUGUCUUGAUAUUAUGUUCGGUACUUCAACGUGUACAGACUCGCUCAAUGAACUUUAUAUGCUAGGCGUUGAGUGAAGGCUUGAACACGAUAUAGUCACUUCUGGUUUUGGCGUACCAUUACGGCGUACAAGAGGAGAGUGAUUUUAUGCGUGCAAAAUAGGAAAUUUUGGUCAUGGUAGCAUGGAUAUUCUCAGUGAUUUUUAUGGCCACGUUUUAAUCUCAAGCCCCAAGGAUGUCUGGCUUUUGCAGCUAGACAUCUAAAUUUUAUUGCAAGUUGGUGUUUGCCGCUGUGCCAUGUCCGUGAUUUUCGUUAUGGACAUAGACAGCCUAUUGUUUUCAUUUUUGCUAUACUAGGACUUGCGUCGUCACGUUCUGAACCUUCAAAAACUAAUCCAAAUGGAAAUUGAACUUUCCGAGGCGCCCACCCUUCGUGGAUCUGUGCAUGCAUAUACAGCCUAAGAAUGGUGCAUACGUAAUGCAUCAGAGUGAGGUGAAGACCGUAAUAUUUCGUUGUUUCGGCAGAUUUCUAUCUAGCAUAUAUACUGCACACGCUUCUAUUGUUAUACAUUAUGCAUGAUUUCAAUUUUUAAUAUUAUUGACUGUUUUAUGCUGCACAAUGCAAGAGCUUUGUCUUUAUUCCCCCGUCCCAUAUCAGCAGGAAGAAUAAAUCUUGCUGUUCUGUACUUCA